UCCGCACCAAUACAGUACAAGGUCAGAGUUAAACGGAAAAAGGAAAAAGGAAAAAAGACAAAUUCAAAUAAAGAAAUUAAACAAUGGCGAUUUGGUGAAUGAAGCAUUGAAGCUAAGGCAUCCUUAUAUUUGUGAGAAUUUCAGCAAGAAGAAAGAAUAAUCCUGUCUCGAUGAGGGACUGCAAGAACAGUGGCGGUGCAAAGGAAGAACACGAUGAAGAGAAAGUGACAGUGGCUUUGCAUAUUGGGCUCCCUAACAACAACAACAGCAGCAGCAAUGAGAGGAAGAAGGUUUUCCAUGAUGAUGCAGCAGAGAGAUUCUGGAUACCAACGGCAGCACAGACCUUCACUAGAUAUAACAACAUGCAGAUGCAUAUGUGGGAGCAUGAAUGGGAAUAUAGUAAAGGAGCAGAGUCACUGAAAGGAACACAGGCAGCGGGAAUGCUAAGGUUAGCAUGUUAUUGUUGCGCUGAAGGAUGCAAGAACAACAUAAAGCAUCCAAGGGCAAAGGCAUUGAAGGACUUGAGGACCCUCCAAACACACUAAAAGAGGAAGCAUGGCACAAAGGCAUUCAUGUGCAGGAAAUGUGGCAAGCUUUGGUAUUGCACUUGCGGUUCCGACAACAAGCACAAAAGGUCCCUCAAAGAUCACGUUACAUCCUUUGGAAGGGGCCAUAAUCCUCAUUAUCUGAAUUCAGAGACUUCGCUUUUGCUUUAAUAUAUCACAGUACGUGCAUGGUUGCCUCCAAGUCAUGAAGUUGAUGAAUUUUCUUCUCAUCAUAUAGCAAGCAAUAGCACAUCAAAGUUAGGGUGUAAAAAGUGUUGGGAUAACGUCUUAUCUCAAACGUUGUGUUUGGGUGUUCUAAGGCAACUUUUUGUGGAGUUGCUUUAUUUGCAGAAAAGACAACGUUUUUUGAAAGUUGCCGUAAAAGAGUUUCUUUUAAUAUAUAAAAACGUUGUUUUAGACCAAAACUAACGCCGUAUAGUCAAUUUCAAAAAGCGUUGUUUUUUGUCAAAAAAUGUUGUCUUUUAUCAAAGGCAAUAUUUUUUCUUAUUAUAGGCAAUAUUUUUAAAGGGUUGCCUAGCCCAAAUUUAUUG